AUGAAAACCAUAACAGUCAUCACACUCCUCGCGGCAGCCCUUCUGAUCGUCCAAGCAACACCAGCCGCCUCUGUCAUCCCCAACUCACACGACGACAACGCCCUUCCCACUACUAGCACUAAUGUUCAAGCCUACGACAAGAACAGAACCCUCUCCCGUAUGACUGAUUUACCCGGCGUCUGUUGGGGAGGCGAGAUGAAGAAGCGCAGUGGAGGCACGCAAGCAAGCAGACAGAUGGGCUGGAAACUAGGCGGGUAA